UUCUUUGUGUUAUACCACAAGGGGGAGGGAUUUACUUCUUUUUAACUUGGAAAGAUUGCAUCAAUACUAGAAGAGCGGAAGAAAAAACUAUGAUAACACUAUUUGCCUUCCUUGUAUCCAGUUCCUUAUGGGAGUACUGUGAUCGGCAAACAAAGGACUCUUGUUCUGCUGCUGCCUGAGUAUAUCUACAUUAGAAUUUAAUUUUUUAAUACAUUCACUUAUAUGGAGAAUCCAGUUCAUACUUUCAGACCUUAAAUUAAAUGGUAGAUACUGUCUGUCUAUAAAUACUGUAGGUGGCAGUCGAAUGGCAGUGGGAUCCUGAUGCUUUUAUGGACAGUUUACCAUUCACCUUUGCGUGCCGGCAGUCAGUUAAUUUUCAGCCAGAUUGUGUAGAUCCUCGUCAUGGGCAGACAAAACUCCUGGGAAAUUACCCACACAAUGUAAACAACAAAAGUGAAAGUGCUUUGAAUAUCUUCAACUUCGACCUGCUAUAAAUUCAGACUCCACCUACAGAAUAUUUGCAUUGUGUUUGCGAGACUCUACCUGAUGACUAUAUAACUCAACGAAAAGGAAUGAUCAUAACUGGAAACGGAUACAAAUGACAUAAUUUUUAUUUUGUAAAGCCAUAUCUUAAACCAUGGUUAUGGUACGGACUUGGAUUGAGCCGGUAGUGGCUGGUGCUCAGAUUGCCAGCUCUUUUUAUGACACUGGACUUCUGAUGACAGUGAAGAACUAUUAUAACCAAACCAUCAUAUCUUCUAAUAUCUCCAGUGAUGAUGCACUUCAGAAAGCUAUCUCCAACUUCUACAUCAUCUACAAUUCCAUUAUGGGGUUGGGACCAUUGCUGUCUGCUUAUAUCCUGGCUAAAAUUAGUGAUAAAACAAGCAGGAAGGUCACUAUCUGUGUGCCAUUGACUGGGUAUCUGAUAUCCAGGAUGUUUCUUCUCUUUGUGAUUCUGUGGGAUUGGCCCAUAGAAGUGAUGUUUGGCUCAGCUGCUUUAAAUGGUUUAACUGGCUGGUUCACUGCCUACUGGGCUGGAGUAAUGGCUUGGGCAUCACUGGGAUCUACAGAGAGCAGACGUUCUUUAAAACUUAUUAUCAUUGAGCUUGUGUAUGGACUGGCUGGUUUCGCUGGAAGCUUGGCAUCAGGUCAUAUAUUUGUACAUAUAAAUGUAAACCACCAUCAAGGGGCUAUCCUUGUCUCCUGUAGCCUAGGCUGUUAUGUUUUUUGUGUCUUAUAUAGCACUUUUAUUUUAAAAAUACCCUGUCCUGAAACUGGCUGCAUAGAAACAAAUGGAGGUAGAGAUAUCAAUGAUACACAAAAAGAAGACAUCUACUUUAAAUAUACAGAGAGGAGCAGACUGUUGGAUGAUACGUCAACACAGACUCGUAAUCAGUCUCAUCAGAAAACUAUGUUCAUCCUUAUAAGUAUAUUUAUAAGUGUUAUUUUAUAUAACAUAGCUGCAGGUGGAGCAGAAGAUGUGAUCAAUGUAUUUGUAUUGAAAGAACCCUUGAGCUGGGGACCGGUUGAUGUUGGCUACGGCAAUGCUGCGACCUACAUAAACUAUAUCACAAGUUUUCUUGGGGUUUAUGCUUUUUCCAAGUGUGUUGGUGAUUUGGGCUUGAUCAUUAUAGGAAUGGUGUCCUUCAGCUGCGGGAUUCUGAUCAUGGCUUUUGUACAGCGGACAUACAUGUAUUAUGUUGCCCGGGCUGUGAUGCUGUUCUCUCUCAUCCCAACGCCGAUUAUAAGGUCAUUGAUUUCUAAACAUGUGCAGGAAGCCUCAUACGGCAAAGUCUUUGCUGUGCUACAGCUGGCUAUAGGAGUUGUGUAUGUGACUUCUUCAGCGGGACUGAAUAAAUUGUACCAGGCCACAUUAGGCUGGUACAGCGGGUUCUGCUUUCUACUAUUUUCCACUUUGGGAUUUCUCAGCAUCAUUCCUGUCAUUAUUGCAGCCUGCAAGCAACAUCAGAGAAAUACUGCAAGCCAAUGACAAGGAACUGAACCAACAAGCAAUACGGUUUACAAAUCAUUUUAUUUCUUUUUCUUUUUUUCCAUUUUAGCAAGAAAGAGAGGUAUAUUUAUUAAAAGGCAUAUUCAUUUUAAUUGACAUCCAUGGAUCUGUGAAAAAAGCACUUAUCCAUAGGGAUGGGCGAAUUUGACCCGUUUCGCUUCGCCAAAAAUUCGCCCCCGGAGAAAUGUCACAAACGCCCAUUAA